AGUCCGCCCUCCUUCUGUCAUUUUCAGUCGGCAAACUGUCCGCUUAUUUGGAGGGAAGAAUCCACCCUCGCCUCCCUCGCUUUCUUCUUCUCUCCAUCUCAUUCACUCUCUUGAUUGUUGACCAUCGAUUCGAGUUUUUUCGCCAAUGGAGGCGACUAUGGCUUCUGUACUGAAUGCUUCAUCCUUGUCUUCGUCCCAAUCCCUUCUGUUCAUCCGCCGUGGAGAUUUCACUACCUUUCCUCUUACCCGUUCCCGUCCUCGGAAUCUCUCGGUCCGUGCUUCCGCAAGUUCUGAUUCAGUGGUUACUUUGCUGGAUUACGGUGCUGGUAACGUGAGAAGCGUGCGGAAUGCUAUUCGGUCCCUGGGUUUCGAGAUCAAAGAUGUACAAAGGCCAGAAGAUAUUCUUGAUGCAAAUCGACUUGUCUUUCCUGGUGUGGGAGCCUUCGCAGCAGCAAUGGAUGUGCUGAACGAACGAGGGUUGGUUGAUGCACUUUCUACAUACAUACAAAAUGAUAGACCUUUCCUGGGAAUUUGCCUGGGGCUCCAGUUACUUUUUGAGUCCAGCGAGGAAAAUGGUCCAGUGAAAGGAUUAGGCCUCAUCCCUGGUGUGGUCGGCCGUUUCGAUUCAUCAAGUGGUAUCAGAGUGCCUCAUAUUGGAUGGAAUGCUCUCCAAAUAGAAAAUGAUUCAGAAAUUUUGCAGGACAUUGAUGGACGCCAUGUUUAUUUUGUUCACUCUUACCGAGUAACACCAUCAUUGACUAACAUAGAGUGGAUUUCAUCCAUUUGCAACUAUGGAGAAAAUUUUAUUUCUUCAAUCAGUAAGGGAAACAUACAUGCUGUCCAGUUUCAUCCUGAAAAGAGUGGUGAAGUGGGACUCUCUGUUUUGAAAAAUUUCUUGCACCCCCAGAAAUCAUCUACUAGGAAGAAGUUCACACGUGGUAUGGCAUCAAGACUUGCUAAAAGAGUAAUUGCAUGUCUUGAUGUGCGCACCAAUGACAAGGGAGACCUUGUUGUGACGAAAGGUGACCAGUAUGAUGUAAGAGAGCACACAAAAGAGAAUGAGGUGAGAAACCUUGGCAAGCCAGUUGAUCUUGCUGGACAGUAUUACAAAGAUGGUGCUGAUGAGGUUAGCUUUCUUAAUAUCACAGGCUUCCGAGAUUUUCCUCUUGGUGAUUUGCCCAUGUUGAAGGUGCUACGAUAUGCUUCUGAAAAUGUUUUUGUUCCAUUAACAGUUGGUGGAGGCAUUAGAGACUUCACAGAUGGAAAUGGGAGACACUACUCUAGCCUAGAAGUUGCUUCAGAGUAUUUUAGGUCUGGAGCAGAUAAAAUUUCAAUUGGAAGUGAUGCAGUUUAUGCUGCUGAGGCAUACAUUAGAACAGGAGUGAAGACAGGGAAAAGCAGCUUGGAGCAAAUAUCUCGUGUUUACGGGAAUCAGGCAGUUGUUGUGAGCAUUGAUCCACGAAGAGUAUACCUGAAGAGUGCUGAUGAUAUUCCAUUCAAGGCAGUCAGAGUGUCCAAUCCAGGUCCCAAUGGAGAGGAGUAUGCAUGGUACCAAUGUACAGUUAGUGGUGGUAGAGAGGAUCGUCCAAUUGGCGCCUAUGAGCUUGCUAAAGCUGUUGAGGAGCUUGGAGCGGGUGAAAUACUGCUUAAUUGCAUUGAUUGUGAUGGUCAGGGACAAGGGUUUGACAUAGAUUUAGUGAAGUUGGUUUCUGAUGCUGUGAGUAUCCCAGUCAUUGCAAGCAGUGGAGCGGGUGCCGUUGAACAUUUCUCUGAAGUUUUUGAGAAAACAAAUGCUUCAGCUGCCCUUGCAGCAGGCAUUUUUCACAGAAAGGAGGUACCUAUUGCGUCUGUCAAACAGCAUUUGAUGAAGAAAGGCAUUGAAGUGAGGAUGUAACUGUUUUAGGGAGGUCUGUAGUCCCCCAUAAUGUUGUAAUUUAGACUUCAAUUAAAUUUUGUUGAUAUCUCUUUAUUUAAAUUUGGAUGAGGCAGUAUUUCUGUAGUUCCAAUCAUGAGUCGACAGGAAUGGUAGUCAAGACUUGUCUGACAUUGAAUGAGGUUUAUUUAUUUUUCUGAGUUGUUAAAUCA